AUGUCCGACGAAAAUUCAGACACUUCUCUUCAAUCAUCAGAAAAUAAAAGCAAUGACCACCAAAAUGAUAUAAAUUCAUGUCAAUUUGAUGGUAAUAUGUCAAACUGUCCAAAAAAAGCUGACAUUACAGAGGUUGUAUACGAAAAAGACACUAUAAUGCAAGAUGAUGAUACAGUCGAAAUUUCUACCGGUCACCAAAACUGUGAAUUAAACCUAGAAAAUAUAGCGAUAGAAAUUGACCCUGAACCCGAAAAAAAUAGCAAAUCUAAGAAAGAUAGCGAAACUACAUGUAUAUUGUCUGAUGGCAACAAAAAAAUUUACAUUAAGGCAGUUGCGGAUAAAAAAGAUACCACAAUGGAAGAUGAGGAUACAGCCGAAAAUUCUACCGAUCACCACCAAAAUAGCAAAUCUAAGCAAGCGCCAGAUCUCUGUGACGAUAUUCCCGGACUUUAUCGCUUAUUAGAUUUAUGCAUGGAUGAAGGAUCGAAUGGUCUUGUGGAUAAAAUUAUAAUUUCGGAUCAACACGUGAAACGUCUUUGCAAUGAACUGGUGCCAAAUAGUUUCAAAUCAAUUUCCAAAAUAGACUAUAAAAAAUUGAAUUCUAAACGUGUUCACCUCAUCGGAUGCUAUGGUCGUAAUGAAAUGAUCGCUAAAUUCUUGUUAAAUAAGAAUAUUAUUGAUCAAACUAAUUACGAAUUGUUGAUAUCGUCGACAAAUAUGACUUUGAGACCUGAUUUUGCUUCCUCGAAUCGUAAAAAAAAUCUUACCAAUAUGCAUAGAUACCUUACAAAACUCACCGAACAUCAAAUAUGCAUAAUGAGUGAAACGGAUUUGGAUAAUAUUGACUGGAACGAAGGCAAUUACAAUGAAAUUAGCAGAUUCUAUGACUAUCAGGUGACAAAAAGUCAGGAGCAAAAAGAAAAUUUUGAACUUCAUCCUGGAUUUAAGGUUCAUAUUCAAAAACUCAGCACACGAGACAAUAAUUUGGCUAGCGGAGGCAUUCCUUUGCAUCCUUUGAUCAUUGAAUCAAUUUCAAAUCAAACAUUACUUACUCGUGAAAUCCUCCCCGUGGAAAAAGAGACUAAAGAAAGAGAUAAGAGAUUUGAUUCCAUUGAAAAGCUUCGAGAAUAUUUUAAGAUGAAAUUUGAAUCUCAAAAAUGUGCACUUCACUUAAGUCGCAAAUUGAAAAUGAAAGAUUUAGAGAUUAUUAAGAAGGCUGAAGUUAUAGAGAAAAUAGCUUUGCAGCUUUUGAGCAAGUCGUAUAGCCGGUUUGAAGAAAUCCUAACAGAUGCAAAUUCAGCAAAAGAUCAAAACCCAGAUUCGAGCCAAGCAAAAGCUGGUUUCCAAACCGACAAAAAUAGUAACGAUUCUAAUUCAGAAGAGAUUAAAAAUCCGAACCAGACAAUGCGGCUAGUUGAUGAAGCGACUUUUAGAGAAUUACAAAAUGAAUACUCACAUAUAUACAGUGAAAUUCAAGCAGCUGUCAAACGUAUCAACGAUUUGUCAUGGCAAGAGAUCAAAAAGCGAUAUAUUUUUGCAAGAGUAUGGAACUCUUACAACCAAGAGCUCACAAUCUCAGAUAUCUUUUUCGAUAAAACUAAAGAUCUUAAUUCGCUUGUAAAAAAAAUAAUUCAACCCGCGAAAGAAGGAGGAUUCCAAAAGUUCAUUAAUUUUCUAACAAAAACAUAUAGUGCUAACGAAAUAAUGCAAACACUUAAUGAAGAAGAAAAAAAUACUUCCGAUGAAAUCUUUAUCAGACAACUUAUUAAGGAUAACGUUGAUAUAUUUAUAUUAAAAAAAUUCUUCGAAAAAUAUGAGAAUUGGAGAAUGAAUAUAUUCCCUCACGAAGUAAAACGGAUUUCGCAAAAAAUUUUGAGCCAUAACAAUAUUUCAGCUUAUAUUGCACCCAUCGAACACGAAUUCGGUCUGAAGGAGCGUGAUAUCGAACUUGAAAAUGUGGAAAGAAUUUGCGUCAAAACUGAGUUGAAAUAUCCAGAUGGUGAACCUUUUGUUGUUUUAGAUUUGGAAAAGAAAAAAGAAAAUUAUCGGUGUGCAUCCUAUAAAAUGUUGUAUAAAAUUGAAACAACUCGCCCAGCACGAUUACGAAUUACGCUUUUACAAACUCAACUGAGCGAGCAAGAUACGUUGGAGCUCGAAGAAAAUGAGUUUUACAUACCUCAACCGAUUCUUUGCGGAAGAAGUAACGGAAAUUUUUUUGAAAUUGAUCCAGAGGUCUUUGAAUUCAGGCAUAUCGCACAAGUGGGAAAAAAAUUUAUAGUAUUUCUAUGGAACAAAAACGCUAAAAAGCUAGAAAUAUAUUUUGAGGUUAUUAAUUGUUUAGCAAAAGCAAUAUCAAGCCAAAAGGCAGUUAAAAAAAUCAAUUCAGGCGAACAUUUCAUGAUUUCUGUUAACGAACUGAAAGGAUUGAUAGGAAUUUAUAAUAAUGAAGAAGGCGUGUUAAAUACAUAUAAAUUUGAGCAAGAUCAAACCAAGUUAUAUCUUCAUUAUCGCAAUAUUAAACUCUAUCAAUGGUAUAACGAUGUGCCAGAUAUCGCGCAUUUCUUCUUCAUAAAAAGCACCGAAGACAUAUGCUUCGUUGAAAGAGACGGUCGUGCCCGUAUUUAUAACUUAGUGAACGAUAGCUUUCGUCCAGGAAUCGCACAAAUCCCCCCUGAUACUAUCAAUGUUUGUAGUACGCCGGAUGGCACAUGUAUCGUAGCAUUUGUUGAAAAAAUAGAAGAGGAGAUUGUCAUUACAAGUAAACCAGAUAAAAAUCUCGAAAGCAAGAACGAGACGCAAGUAAAGAAACUAGUUCGAGGUUACGUGUAUUUUUGUGAAAAAUUUAGCGAACGCGCCAGUAAAAUUGUUGAUAUUUCUUUUAUCAAAUCUCCUGAGAUGUUUCAAUUUUCCAUGUUUAAAAAUCGUCAAAUGCAUUUGGCUACAAUUGAUCAAGAAAAAGGCACUUUUAAUUCAUCCAUAGUAAAAAUCACCCAUAGAAAAGCACAAUAUCGUUUCGAAAAACAGCCACAACAAAAAGCCCUUGGCAAAGUUAUAGUGGAAAGUCAACAACCAUACGACGUUGUAGGAAAGGAGACACACUUUACUCGUAGCCAUGUAGGGGAUUUAAUAGUGAUUGGAGAUGAAAAAAAGGAAAUAAGCGAAAUUAUAACCGACACAGUGCUAAGAAUUUUUAGUCAAUUUGAUAACAUCGAAUAUGGAGUUUGGAAAGAAUUUAGCAUUGAGACACGAAAAACGAUCAAUGGACUUUUUGAUGUUUACUCAAUGGUAUUUACAAAAUACGCGGUGACAAAUCCAAUCGGUCGCGUAGACAAUCCCUUGUCACUUACAGUCGUAGUAGAUAAUUCGACCAAAAACUUAGAAAUAAAAAAAUACACGGUCAAAGUUCAAAAAUAUAUUGAAAAAAUGUUUUCAAAAUUUGAAAAAGUAACAGAGAAACCACUCGGUCAUUUGGAAUACUUUAGUACCGGAUUUACAACGUUUCAAGACAUUAAGGAUAAUUUCACCAUUCAUCAAUUUGGCGAAUGGAUGGUCGAUUUCUUUUGCCUGAUUCCAUUACAAAUUGCUGUAGCCCGUGAUGGUGAAUUUAUUCCACUUCAGGAUGGUCUGUCUUCUUCUGAGAUAGAAAAUCCAAAUUUAGAUGAAGGCUUUGGGUAUAUCGGAAGUGUAUGUAAAGCUAUCUCUUUUGGAUGGUAUGAGGCGAUUUUUGAGACUUAUGCACAUUUGGAGGUCAAAGUUAUUUCUUCAAUGGGUGAACAAUCAUGUGGAAAGAGUUAUUUAUUAAAUCAUUUGCUCGGUUCGACUUUUGAUGGCUCUGCAAAGCGUUGCACCGAAGGAGUUUGGAUGUCUCUUGUAAAAACCAAUGAAACUCUUUAUGUUGCGCUUGAUUUUGAAGGUCUUGCUAGCAUUGAGAGAACACCACAGGAAGAAACUUUUCUGCAGUUGUUCAAUGCAGCACUCUCCAAUCUCGUCUUAUUCAAAAGUCAGUUUGCCGUGAGUCGUGAUAUAUCUUCAAUGUUUCAACGAUUUCAAGAUCGCACCAAUUAUUUCAAAGAUGAUCCAGACAUAUUUCAGGCAAGAUUUUGUAUUAUAAUCAAAGAUGUUGCCGAAUCUGAUCGCAAUGAUAUUGUUUCAGAAUUUUAUUCCAAAUUUUCGAAAAUAGUUGAUAAAGAGGAGCAAGAUAACUUCAUUACGAAACUUUAUCGUAACGAGAUGACCAUUUCUCCUUGGCCAGUUUUCAACAAAUUAUCCUUUUAUACUACCUUCAAACAAUUAAAAAUGAAGAUAGACGAGCAAGGUUCUAAAUAUAAAAAUGCGAAAAUAUUUGUAGAGAAAAUAAAGGUCUUAAUGACGAAACUAAAAGUUUGUGAUUGGGAAAGUGUUCAAGGAACAUUGAUUACAAUCCGUACAUUGGAAUUGAAAAAAUAUAUGAAAGAUGCGAUAUCUCAGGGCUUUGAGCAAAAAGACGACGACUCAUUUUUGUCAUCAGAAAAUACAACACAACCAGCUAAUGAUAUACAACAUUUAAUGUAUCGAGAUGAUGGGAAAUCGAUACUUGAUCCUGAACUACUCUUAUCAGAUAUUUUUGACAACGUUAAUCAUGAGGUUGACGUUAAAUUAAUGCCUGAUGCUGGUCUUAUUUUGUUAAAAGAUAAUAUUAAUCUUGUCGAUCUUUCACUUGAAUUGAGAAAUUUCUUUGAAGAAAACAUUCAAGCUCGUGACCAAUCAUCCGAUUCUCAAUGGUUUUACCGUUUAGAGACAUUUUAUAAGUUUAUCAUCGACCGACGCAUUAAACGCGUACAACAGUGGUUUUCCCAGAAUACUUCUCGAUUUCCGGAUGAUCACAAUGAAAUUAUCAUCGCCAAAUAUGUGCUAGAACAAGAAAUUACUCGUCUCAAGUUAUUUUGGAAUUUCUGUCGUCUAAGGUGUGAUAAUUGUGGGCUCGCGUGUCUUAAAGCAAGUCAACAUAAUGAUAAUGAAAACGAUGCGAUUCACGAUUGCUUGACUGAUCAUGGAUGCCAUUCAGCAUGUCGAUUUCAAGAAAUUCACCUUGACGAAACUAUACCAAAAUGUGCAAAAUUUGCUGGCCAUGAAGGAUAUCACACCUGUUCAGCGAAACAUUCAUGCGGAGCAUCUUGUGUCUAUAGUGGAAAGAGAAAUUGUCAGUCAAAGUGCACUAAAGAUAUUGACCAUGAAACUAUGACAGGAAAUGAAGUUCAUUUGUGCGAAGCGACUCGUCACUACUGCGGCGCUUUAUGUUCAUUAAGAGCUGAUACUCAAAAAGGAAAUUAUGAAUGUCGUAAUACUUGCAUAAUUCCUUGUGAAGAAUCUCAUGAAGUGCACAAAUGUGAGAAUGAAGUUUGUCCAAUCGAAUGUCCGAUAGCCAAAUGUCGUCGAAGAUGCGAAAGUCGAGACCAUUUUCAUGCAAAGGAAAAUGUGGAUCAUUUUUGCGGCGAAGAGCAUCAGUGCCCUAACCAAUGCGAAGGACCAGGAAUUUGUAAAACUGUUGUUGAGCCAACUGAAAUAGUAAAGGAAGAAGCAGAAUAUGUGAAUAAGUAUGGCAGCUUUAAGUAUACUAAACAUUUUCAAAAUUCCCAAAGAUUUCGUUGUUGUAUCAUGAUACCUCCAUAUAAAUUCAAACAUGAAGGGAAGCAUGCACAUGGGGAAAUGCACAAAUGUAAUAUAACCUGUCCAAAUGAUUUGGGCAAACAUAUUAUCGAAGAGAAUAAAAAGAGAAAUUUUCACUUUUGCGAUGUCAAGUGUCCACAUUGCGAUUACUAUUGCACAUUACCUUAUGAUCACGGAAGAAAAGAUAAUAGUGAACAUGACACUAUUCACGGAAAUAUGUUCUUGACAACAUUCACGUGCGACGACGAAGAAUUCGAAUUUGAAGGACACCGAUUGGUUGUCGGUGAUGGAGGCGAUUUUGUGUGUUGUCAUAAAGUUUGCGAAAAUAAAGGUCGUCAUCGUCAUAUAGAUUUUUGCAAACAUCCAGCUGUUUGCAAAAAUCUCACUGGUGGAAAAAAAGAAGAGAUAUCAGAGCACAUAGACGCAAAUAUAAGUCCUUACCCGAAUCGCAAGAAAGAUUUUAUUUCUCAUCGCGUUUUCUGGGAGAGAACUAAAUUCCGUGAUUUCAAAAAAUGUGAUCACGAAUGCGUCGACGAAAUACAUCACAAGGAUAUGGAUGGAAAAGUUCCAAUAAAACGGUCACCAUUUUUCUUGCAAAACCCCGAGACUAAUUUUCACAUUGUAUUCGUUGUGGAUAGAAGUGGCUCUAUGGGUUCAAGUGACUGUAAACCUCGUCGAUGGACAAUAAAAUCUCGUCAUAACAAUCGAUUAGGCGCUGUCUAUGAAGCAGUAUACACUUUUAUUAAAACGCGUAAAAACUCUGGAAAAGCUACCCGUGUUGGACGCUCAACCGCAGAUCGUGACAUAACUUCGCUGAUCUUGUUUAAUGAUGUGACAACUGUAGCUUUUGAAAAUCAAAGCCUAUCUAAUACAGAAGAGCUUUUAAACAAAAUGAUGGAAUCCAACCCAUGUGGAGGUACUUCUUAUUAUAAAGGAAUAAAAAAAGCAGCUGAAAUAAUUGAAAAUUCAAAAAGGCAAGUUCUUUAUUAA